CUAUUGCUAUUGUUUCCCCUCCUCUCUAUGUUUGGAUUUGGAAGACAAAUUUGGAAGGUUUUUGUGGCUGCAAUCAUUUCUGCUGGAUAAAUGUUCUUAUUUUGUUGAAAACUUUUCAUGUGACCCUCUCGCUGCUUUGCAAUCAAAUAUUUGAAGGAACUUAAUUUCAUCUUAUUGACACUGUGAUGAAUGAAGAAGCUGCCGGUGGGGACCCCCAGCAGGGUUGGAAGCCUAAUCCGGAGUUUCUCCAAACUCUAAUGAGUAUGGGGAUUGAGAGAGCAGCUGCUGAAACCGCCCUUCAAAUCACAGGCAACCAGUCUGCAGAACUUGCUGCCAGCUUUUUGUUUGACAAUGAAGAGGACUGGGGCAUGGCAAGCGCGGUAGGCGGGCCUGGCGAUGACACUGUAUCUCAAAAUAGGGUUCAAAUCGAUCCUCUCGAUGACUGGACCUCAGCCCCACCAGUGGAGGUUGUGACGAACGUGGUUGGGGCAGGAGACUCGAGCAAAAUGGUUUUUGUUAUCAACACCGAACUGAGCAUGACUCCAGGAAAAAUUGCUGCUCAGGUGGCACACGCAGCUUUGGCCUUGCACAGGAAACUUCAGUAUAUGUGCUCAGCGGGAACUGACAUAUUGACACAGUGGGAACAAUCGGGUGAGAAGACCGUAGUGCUGAAGUGCAAUAAUUUUCCUGAACUAAAGAGGCUCCACGAAAAAGCAGAUUCAAUGAAUGUGGCCAACUGCAUUAUCCAUGACGCUGGUCGUACUCAGGUUGCCCCGAACUCGGCAACAGUUAUGGGAUUGUUCGGAUCUGAAAAGGACGUUGAUGAUAUUACUGGCUCACUCUCACUGCUGUAGAGAAAGUUGCUUCAAGCUGAAGGAUUAUACAAUUUUUUGGGAUUUUGUUGACCCCUGCUACUGCUUUGCUCUUUUCUUAUUUUGCGCAACUUGUAUUAAUUAUACCGCAAAGUGAGUAUUGGCCCAUUUAAACAUUCCAGGCUUAAAGAAAUCGAGCUACAGCAUCCUUGCGUACCUUGCAUUAUUUAUGUAGAUUGUACAUAAAUUUUCAUUUAUGAAUAAAACGAGCGCAUUGCCGCAAUAGA